AAGGGCGUGCACGACGAGUACACGAUCGGGUUCACGAUUCACGAGGUCCGGGACAUGCUCACAAGUGACGGAAAGGCGAUCGACCCGUUGGUGGUGGUGCGGUGCGCGGGGAACACGUAUGUUUCCCAGAAAAAGGAGCACAAGCGCGACCACGUCUCCUUCGAGGAGUCCUUCACCUGGUCGGCGAUGAAGAUGAUGCAGAGCCAGUUCGUAACUCAAGUAAAAACGUCCCCACCCCAUAGUUGUCAUGCAGAUUUGCAGUUGCAGCCAGAUUUGUAAUGCGCAACCCCAUGAGCAUGAGAGGCAUUUCCAAUCGCGUUUUUGGACUUUGUAACGCUGUAACCAGGAUAAGUAGAUGGAUUUGUGUUGCGGCUGUACUUCCUAAAGGGCACUACAAUACAGAGACGAACUUGAUGUCAUUCUUGACUCCCACAGUCUGUUUAUGUCAUGCUUGUUGACCCCCAAAACUUCUCGAUUUGUGUUGCGAGAUCCCCAUCUUGACUCUGGGGUGGGGACGUUUUUGCUCAGGAUAGUUCGACGGCGCCUCGCUCCUGUUCGAGCUCCAGGCGGGGCGGAUCUUCUGGGCGAACGAAGUGCUCGGGCGCGCUAUUGUCAGUUGCCCGCUGGUUCGGUCCCGAAAGAACCACUCCUUCUCCCGCCGGUGGGUCGACAUCCGCGACGGGAUUCGGCACCGGGGCCGGAUCUGCGUGUCCGCCACGUGCUACGCGUCCGGGGAUCAAACAGGGAUGGACAAGGAGGAAACGGAAUCCGAAGGCGAUAUCGACGAGGCCAUGGAGGAUUUGAACAAGCUGGUGAUCAACCAAGUGACCGACGCGUCGAUCAAAGCGCAGAUGAAGCUCCUAUCAAAUGUAAAAAUGUCUGGGUCUGGAAGAGUGUAAACUUGUCAUGCAGGUUUUCCAUGACCCAUGAGGUCUGGAAUGCGGGCCCUAGCGUGACAGAGUCUGUGAGGUCUCUGCCAUGCCUAUCCUGCAUGAGAAACGCCCUCCAAACUUGGUCGAAAGUGGACAGCUUUUGGCACUCAUGCAACACAGAUUUCUGCAUGAUUCAAAUUUAGCAUGACGAGUUGCAAUCUUCCAGACCCAGACACUUUUGCAAUCCAUAGCUCCGCCAGGCCUAUUACGUCGUCGUGCAGGUUCACAGACUGGAGGGUCUUGGAGGUUUAGGUUUGAAAUCGAGAAAAUUCAAUCCGUACGUGGAGGUUUCCUUCGCCGGCAGGCGUUUGCGGAGCAGCGUGUCGUUUCAAACGAAAAGUUGCAACUUCAACGAGGGUUUUCAGUUGCCCGUGAUCACCCCGUUGUUUGAUGAUUCGAUCGUGAUCAAGAUCAAAGACUACUUGAUCGGGCGGAAGGACAAAGUGUUGAUCCAGGGUAUCCUGAGUAAAAACGUACCCACACCAGAGUCAGGAUGAGGAUUUUGCAACACAAACCUAGGAGUUUUGUGAGUCACGCAUGACAAGUUGCGCUAUGCAGUGUAGUGCAGGUUAGCAAGUGCAGCCGCAUCACAGAUUCAUCUGCUCAUCCUGUUCACAGCAUCACAAAUUCCAAAACACGAUUGGAAAUGGCUCUCGUGGGGAUGCGCGUCAAAAGUCUUCCUGUCUUUGCAAAUCUGCAUUACAACUCUGGUGUGUAAGUAGACCAUUAGCCUUCACAGAUUGCAUGAGCUUAGAGGCCCGACGUAGUCAGUGGCUUUCCUCGACGUUUUCAAUUUUCACCUAUUUCGUUCCUGUUUUGAUUUUGCCUAUUUCGAGUAUCUAGAUCGAGCCUCGGCGCCCUGUGUGCCUGGAGGCGCGUUUCACAAAAAUGACCUGGCGAGGGCGCUUCGGGAAGACCCCGUCUGACCGUCUCACGCGCACACCUGAAGACGGUAGAGGAGUGGCUCGCGGGCUCGAGGCGGACGAGGAGACUAGCGGCCGCGAUCCUGCCUCCGGCGCCGAACCGGACUACGAAAGCAGACCAGGGCAGGAGUUCUGGAAAGGGUUAAGUUCACCAUGCCGCCGGUCGAUUAAGCAGAUCGGGUAGGCUUCGGCAAACGGACACCAGCGCCAGGCUUCACGCGGAUGCCCCCCAGCUCGCCCAAGCCAAUAGCAACAAGCUCAAUCGAGUCUUGUUCCCCAGCGCAAUAGAUGCGACGUAGGGGCGCACAAUAGAUGCGAGCUCAAGGCUUGGCAUCGCUGGGGGAGAUGGUGCGUUGCCCACGACACUGGAAUACGCCCGCCGAAAGAACCGGCUGCGGUGUGGGCCGAGACCCUACGGGCACGCGCGAGGAGGUUACAGCGUCAGCCCUCGCAGCGACUUUCUCCCCGCGCUUGCAGCGCGUGGCCAUGAAGUGACAGAGUCCUCCAGUGCUGCCUCUCUCGCAUAUCUUUCCUUCACUUGUCUGUGUAGAUGAAGAUGGACUUCGUCUUGCAUAAAAUAUGUCCGCAUAAAGAAGCCUCGCAUUCUCCCCAGAGUAAGUAGCCGGAAGGUAGUUCGAAGGACAUCUUAGGCAUGCGCGCGUCGCUAUCUGCCUCUGGUGUUUGCAGCCUUCUGAAUAGUAACGUAAUGGAGUUGUUGCCGCAGGUAUCAGUAUGGUAAUUAUAACUGAAGACCUGGACUUCUCCACUCAUAGUGUUAGCGUGUUGGAUGUGGGCGUGAAACUGUUGGCAAAAGGACUAAGUGUUGCUGCGAAAAGUUAGGCUGGUUGUGAGACAAGUAUGGUUGGUUGCGGAUUUCGUAUGGUUAGCCUUUCAGCUACGUUGCUGGAUUUCGGGCCGGGUGUCCCUCGCUUUUCUUUAUUCUCUAUUUUCGAUUACCGUAUUCAACUUUUAUGUCUUCCUGAAGGGCCGCAUCCCUUCUAGUUAUUUUCCUUCACCAGAGCUCCAGGUAGUUUAUGCGUGAUCCCUGGUUUUCCGACAGAGCACUGUCUUGCAUGCGUCAGGAAAGCCGCCUUGGGUGCCACGGUACUUGAGGACGUGUUAUAUGUCUCGGGCGCACGUACAUACUAGCCUGCAGGGACGGCGGAGCCGGAAAAAAAUUGCGAAAAAGUGAGGAGUAUGGCAGGUUGCGAAAGAGUAUGGUAAGUGGCCGGGAGAUGAUGGUGAUGGCACUUCGGUGUCCGCCUGACCUACCCCCCCUGCGUGUCAAGCCAUCUGCGGCCUGGGGCAGAGGGGGGGGCAAAGUGUGCUGCAAUUCCUUUAGCAUUACAACUCUGGUGUGGGUACGUUUUUACUCAGGAUACAGGGGCGGCUUUCCUUCUCCUCGCUUCGGAACACCACCCUGUCCCCGCGGUUCUUCAACUUCUACUCGUUCCCGCCCGAGGAGAUCCACAACCCCGUGGAGUUCAUCGCCCAAACGGGUAUGCGGUCCGAACCGAACGAGUUUUUUGGCCGCCUGCUCCUGUCGGGCCGCGCGCAGAUGCUGAGCAGGCUCGCGGAGUGCCAGGACGCAAUGGUGAUUCCCGGGGGCGGGCGCGUGGACGAGCCGCCGCAGACCCCAAGGAGGCUGAUUUUCGACGUGUUCAAGGCGUCGGGGAUGCCGGGAACGCAGAUUUUCGUCACGUUGAACUUCUGCGGCUAUGCAUUGCAAAAGUAUCAUACUAGUAUAAAUUGCAUCACAAAUUCUUUCAAGAAGAAAAAUGGAAUUUGUAAUGCGGAUUUACCCAACAAGGGAUAUUUGUCAUGCAUGAUAGCAAUUACUACGAGUACGAUACUUUUGCACAGGAUAGCCGCCGAGUCUUGACCAGUACCAGCGCGGACCGGGUUUUACCGUCUGCGAAGUUGAAGGAGCGGGAGGCGGAGAAGAAAAAAGUCGAAUUAGACGAGGACGAGCAGGUCGGGGAGCGGCACGCCGGAGACAGCAAGCGGGACGUGCUUGGCGAGGCGUUGAAGCAGGAGAAAAAGAAGAAAAAGAUCAUGGACGCGAACGACUUGACGGACAAAAUUUCAAAGAAAAAAUCUCGAAAGGGGCCGGAAAUCGAGGACGAAACCACGUUUCAGCACCGGCUGGACGAGCUCGCGGACAUCAUGCCGCUGCCGGGCGAGUUUUUGUUCAAAGCGUCCGGCGGAAACAUGGAGCUCCCCGUGAUGGUCCCCGACGACGCAGACCAGCAGGCCGACGUGAUCAUCUCCGCGUACGCGCUGUUCCAGAUGCCCGCCGCGGAAUCCGCGGGAAAGAAGUUGUCCGACGCGGAGAUGCGGAAAUUCAAGCGGAUCGGGUACCACCGGAUGAAAUACGGGCAGUUGCAAGACCACGAGAAAAACCCGGAGCGGCCGCCAAUCUGGGUCCACUUACUCCCCAUGCCACACUUACCGCCGUUGAUCUCCCCCGGGGCCGUUUUGAUCACGCUCGGCCACCGGGACGGCAUGAAGAGAAAAAAGAAGGAGGACGACGCGACGGCGAACGUCGAAGAGGAAAUCAAAAAGCACGCACGGGGCAUUGACUUGGUGCAGUUUGAGCUGCGGAUGGGCCUGUGUUCCUGCCGCGACUUGGCCACACCCCGCGCGGACGGCAAUCGGCCCAAUCCGAUCGUCGAGAUCCAGUGCGGCGGGGAAACCAUUCUGUCCGCGCAGAAGAAGCAAACGCACCAGCCGGUCUUUGUAGAAAGGUUGAUUCUGGAUGUGGAAUUGCCCAAAUCCCGAACCUCCAACCGCAUGUCGCCGGAGCCGAUCGUCCUCACGGUCUACGACACGCUGGAGCAGCCGGCGACCUUACAGGAGCUGAUGCGCGCGAUCUACCAGCCGAAGAACUUCAUCUACGAGCAGGGGCGGGUGUUAGGCCAGAAGCUGUACCACGCGAUGGCGGAUUUGUUCCUUGGCAAGGACAUGAUGCGGGAGAAGGAAAAACAGAUGAACAUGACCACGAAACUGCUUAUCGGCCGGUGUUUAGCGAAGGUUGACGCGUUCACCAAACCCGGCCAGUCCACGAGGAUCCGGCCGCAGUGGCUGGAACUGUAUGGCGGGGUCAACAACCAGACGUGGGUCGGCGAUAUCCUGUUCUCCGCGGAACUCGUGCGCAAAGCAGACUCGAAGCUGAUCAAGAAGACGCUGAUGUCGCCGCCACGAAAACCCUGUGUGGUCCAGUUCGCGUUUCGCAGUUUGAACGAGAUUCCCCCCGUGGUGGCCGAGAAAAAGAACGCGGAGGGCGGAACCGACUUGAACGUCCUGCAGCCGGUGCAGAAACCGACGCUCGUCAUCGUUGUGCCCCAGUACAGCGAGCUCGCCACGUCCGGGAUGGGCAACACGUUACGCGUCGACUGGGACCGGACGCUCGCACCGAAACAUGCGCGGAACACGCAGGAUUUGACCAACCCGACCUGGGCCAGCGGAAACAGUUUGACGAAUUUUGGCAUGUUGGAGGUGCACGCUUUGUACGUCGAAUUCCCGAUUGACCCCAUUUGGUGCCCGAUC